AUGGAUAAAGGCAUCAAUAAUGACAUUUCUGUUACUAAACUUCUCAUAAAAGGAGAAAACGUAUACCUAAAACUUUGUUGGGAAAAAUCUAAAGAUUGUUUAUUUAAUGUCACAUUGUAUGAUAGUAAUAAUAACAGUUGGUCUGGCCAGUUUUCUUCAGAAUUUGCAAGUUUGAUUGAUGAACCAGAAGAAGAAUACAAAAAUAAUGUUAAAAAUGGACUUAUGGGCAAAUGUAGCGAUUUUGUGUUUAACUUUGUUCAUGUGCCUGGACAAAGCACUGCAAAAUUUACUUGGACAAAAAUUUUUGAUGAUUCAACAGAGAUGCCUUAUGGUUUUGUAGAUCUCCACCUCGACAAUGAGAUUGAAUCAAAAGACAAAUUAUUAGACCAUUUGCUAAAUGAGAAUAAUGAAUUAAAAGACCUUCUAGAAAUAUAUAACAGAAAUAAUACAGCCCUUAAUGAUAAAGUUGAGAAGUGUAAAAGUGAAUUACAAGAAUUUGUAAAUGAGAAGAUAGCUUUAGAAAGUAAUCUGUAUGGAAAAUUUGUACAAUUGUUAAAUGAAAAAAAAGAGCGGAUAAGAUUGCUCGAAGAAAGUAUACAGAACAUGGAAUGA